AUGAAAAAAGUGGAAAUUCUGAAAACAUCUCGGCCAUCAUCUGCAGGAGGCGCUGCCCGACCCUCCACAGCGAGCCCAACUCAUGGAGCACCGAAAAUCGCCAUCAAAACACGUCCGGUGGCCGAUGACGUGGCGCCUACCGCCGCUACGGUCAUCGAGCCAUCGCAAAAAGCGAUGAAGGAGUCUGUGCGAUUUUUGACGGAUUUCGGAGAGAUUUCCGAUGCGAUUUCAGAUCUCCUCACAUCGAGCCCCAACUUCAACGUUAUCUCUGCGAUCGGGCCGCAGGGCGCCGGAAAAUCCACAUUGCUGAGCAUGUUGGCAGGGAAUAAUUCACGUCAAAUGUACAGGGAAUACGUUUUUCGGCCAGUUUCUCGAGAAGCCAACGAACAAUCACGACAUCAAACAAUUCAAAUCGAUAUUUAUAUUGUAAAUCAUCAAAUUUUCUUGGAUUGUCAGCCAAUGUACAGUUUUUCGAUUAUGGAAGGCCUUCCGAAGGUUCGAGGUGGACGAUUCGAUGAUUCCACUGCGAUGAGUGAUACCCUCCGGCUCACCGCAUUCCUGCUCUACGUCAGUCAUACGGUACUCGUCGUUUCCGAAACACAUUACGAUAAAGUCAUCAUUGACACGUUGAGGGUUGCCGAACAAAUUCGACCGUAUCUUGCAAUUUUUCGUCCGAAACUUGCGAUUGAUAGGAAGACCAAUUUAGUAUUCAUCAAAACGAAGGCGAGCUCAAUCGACCUGGCGCCUACAGUAAUCCGGGAACGGGAAGAGCUUCUUCGACUAAGUUUCCAAGAUUCUCGAUGGCUGAAAGUCUCUCAGGAACCCUUUAAAACGCUGAUAGUCCUGGAAGAGAUUCGUGUCCGGCGUGAGCAUUUGUUUGAGGAGGGCGAUGAGCCUGACGAGGCUGCCUCGCUUAAUGAAUUUGACGAACAAAUCGCAGAGUUACGAGAGGAAUUGCAAAAGAAUCGAGAGGAUUUUACAGUGGAAACUGCGGCGAUGGAUGAGAAGAAAUGGCUCGACAUGUGCCGAGAAGUGAUACGAGACAAGACGUUGCACAAAACACUCAAAGAAUAUCAACGAGCAAUGACCGACGGUGUCCGCACACAUUUUGACAAUGGAUUCCAUGCGGAAAGAGACGCGAACAAAUUUUUUAGCUGAAAAAUUCCGGUUUUUUGGAAAUUUUUAAGUAUGUAACUUUCAAAAAAACAGUGUUUUUAUUGAAAAACUGCUAUGUUUUUCAAAUUUUCGAAUAAAAUUUUAAAAAAAGCUGAAAA